AUGCAGGCCAAGGUCAUCCACUACCUGUGCAGUGAUGUGGGAAAUGACGAUGCCAUCGGAGGGAACGUGAGCAAAUAUAUGGUGUUUCCAAGUGGAUACUGUGGACAGCCCAAGAAAGGACAUCUUAUAUUUGAUGCUUGCUUUGAAAGUGGUAACCUUGGACGGGUGGACCAGGUCUCUGAGUUUGAGUAUGAUUUGUUUAUUAGGCCGGAUACCUGUAAUCCACGCUUCCGAGUCUGGUUCAACUUUACUGUUGAAAACGUGAAAGAAUCACAGGUGAGGGAAAUAGUGGAAAUCUUCAGUGUGGUUUUGAGAGUCAUUUUCAACAUUGUUAACUUCAGCAAAACCAAGAGUCUUUAUAGAGAUGGGAUGGCCCCUAUGGUGAAAUCUACCAGCAGACCAAAAUGGCAAAGGCUGCCACCUAAAAAUGUUUAUUACUACCGCUGCCCGGACCAUAGGAAGAAUUAUGUGAUGUCUUUUGCAUUUUGUUUUGACCGAGAAGAAGAUAUUUACCAGUUUGCUUACUGCUACCCAUAUACAUAUACCCGCUUUCAGCAUUACCUUGACAGCCUUCAAAAGAGAAACAUGGAUUAUUUCUUUCGGGAGCAGCUGGGUCAGAGCGUGCAACAGCGGCAGCUUGAUCUCCUGACAAUAACCAGCCCCGAUAAUCUUCGGGAAGGGGCAGAGCAGAAGGUGGUAUUCAUCACUGGACGAGUUCACCCAGGGGAAACACCCUCUUCAUUUGUGUGCCAAGGGAUCAUUGACUUCCUCAUAAGCCAGCACCCGAUUGCCCGUGCCCUACGGGAACACCUGGUCUUCAAGAUCGCUCCAAUGCUCAACCCUGAUGGAGUCUACCUGGGCAAUUACAGGUGCUCUCUGAUGGGAUUUGACCUGAACCGUCACUGGCUGGAUCCUUCUCCAUGGGCCCACCCUACCUUGCAUGGGGUGAAACAACUCAUCAUCCAGAUGUACAACGACCCAAAAACAAGCCUGGAGUUUUACAUUGAUAUCCACGCCCACUCCACCAUGAUGAAUGGCUUCAUGUAUGGCAACGUCUUUGAGGAUGAGGGACGGUUCCAGAGGCAGGCCAUUUUCCCCCAGCCUCUGUAGGACUUCUCCUACUCCAGCACAUCCUUCAACCGGGAUGCUGUGAAAGCAGGCACUGGCCGUCGUUUCCUCGGUGGGCUCCUGGACCACACUUCUUAUUGCUACACCCUAGAAGUCUCCUUCUACAGCUACAUCAUUGGGGGCAGCACGGCUGCUGUGCCCUACACCGAGGAAGCCUAUAUGAAGCUGGGGCGGAACGUGGCAAGAACGUUUUUGGAUUAUUAUCGGCUGAAUCCCAUGGUGGAGAGAGUGGCAAUUCCCAUGCCGAGACUGCGGAAUGAAAAACCCCCUCCCUACAAGUACCCACUCCUGAGGGGCCCGGCCAGCAACUACCCCAACGGCAAAAGGGACAAGAAGAGCUCAGUGAACCACAAAGACCCUUCAAACUCUUUUUAA